UGGUUUAUUAGAGCAGGACUGCAGCUUGGAGCAGAUCAGAGACAGACUGAAAUGGUCUGCAUGUUUGGAUCUUUUUGAUGUUCGCUGGAGAGGAAAACAUCUGAUGAUGAUCAAAGAGAUGGAAGCGCUUUAGUUCCGCUGUCAGCAAAAAACAAAAACCUUCAACACGGUCCUGGAAAAAAGGACAAAGUUUACGACAGAGGCUAUAAAGUUUAAAAAGUUUUCCAGAAGUUUCCGAGGAGAAAGAUAGUUUGGAAAAGUCUUGGAGCAGUUUUGUUGGGAGUUUUCAGAGAUGUCUGGAGGAGCGGAGAAAAGCGAAAACAUUCCUGACGCGUCUGCAGGAAAAGGAAUCCCGAACGGAGGAAACUCUGCAAAGACCCAGGAGGAUUUUGACCUGGCCACCAUCUACGUGUCAGAUGCCCAGAACAACAGAAACAUUUACUUUGACACGUCCCCUCAGGCUGUCAGACUCUACCUCCUCUACAACCACUGGAUCCUAAAGGUCCUGCUGUUCUUCUUCAUCCUGGUCACUCUGUCCCUGGCCAUAUUCGAGGACCCGGCUGUGUUCUCUCUGCCCACGUGGGUCACCAUGCUGGUGGAGCUGCUCUGCCUGCUGGUCUUCACCGUGCGACUGGUCCACUACGCCAAGGUGAUUCCCAGAGACAAAUUCUGGAAGGACCCCAAAAACAUCUGCAUCAUCGCCGUCCUCUUGCUGACUUUAAUUGACAUCAUCAUCUACGGAGGGCUGAAAGCUGCGAACUAUUACAGCGUCCGCUGGUCUCGAGUGCUGCGCCCGCUCCUAUUGAUCAACGUCACUGAAGGACGGCAGCUCCGCAGAGCGUUCAGGAGCAUCCGGAACGCUCUUCCUGAGAUCUCCUCCGUCUUUGUGCUCUUCAUAUUCAGCAUCCUCAUCUUCUCCCUCAUGGCCCUCAAGCUGCUGGGCAAAAGAGGCCUGACGACCAUUGAAGGAACUCCCUACUUCACCAACUACCUGGACAUCGUGUUUGAGCUGUACGUCCUCGUCACCACAGCCAACAGCCCCGACGUCAUGAUGCCGGCCUACAACUCCAGCUCUAUUUUCGCCGUAUUCUUCAUCUUUUACAUCCUCGUCAACACGUAUAUCUUCAUGUCGGUCUUCUUGGCUGUCGUGUUCAACAACUACAAAAAAUACCUCAAGGAGGAGAUACGGCAGCUGGUGAGGGCCAAGCGGCACAAGAUGGCGCGAGCGUUCGGCGUCCUGCAGGAGCAGAGGGAGGGAAGCGGGCCGCCUGUGGUCAGCCACGAGAACUGGACCAAGCUGGUCCGACAGGUGCGACCCGACAUCAGCGACCCACACAGAGAGCUGCUGUGGAGAGUCUGCGAUGACGACAACCAAGGCUUCAUUGGCAAAGUGGCUUUUGUGCAGCUGGCUGACCUCCUGAAUAUAGAAGUGAUCACAAUCAAGUGCAGACCACAUCCACUUCAGAGUUUAUUCCCCAACUUGUACGAGUCGGCUCCGAGCCGCUUGCUCUGCAGAGUGGUCCAACACCGGGGAUUUGUCAUCACUUUCGACCUGAUCAUCAUGGUGAACGCCGUGUUUAUCGGCCUGGAUGAGGAGAAUCCACUGAUCUCCAACUCUGAGUGGGCUUUUCUGGCUCUCUACGUUCUGGAGAUCCUGCUGAAGCUCUACGUCUUUGAGCCCAGGGCCUUCUUCUCCAAACACAGCUUCUGGAACUGCUUAUCUACAUCCCAGAUUAUAAGCACCAGGUUUGACACCAUCGUGGUCAUUGCUGCUUUAAUCGCCACAAUCAUCAACUCUGCCCUAAAAUCAUCUGGCGGCUACACGAGCCGGCAGGUUCUGGACAUCGUCUUCAUCCUGCGAGUCCUCAGGUUGAUCCGGGUGGUGGACAGCAUCAAAAGGUUUCGUACAAUCAUCAAUACGCUGAUCAGAAUUGGACCGGCAAUUCUCACAUUUGGACAGCUCAUCCUCGUGGUGUAUUACGUAUUUGCCAUGGUGGGGAUGGAGCUGUUCAAAAACAAAGUGAGGUUCUUUCCAGACUCCAGCCAUCCGGAAGCAGCGUACUGUGGAAACCCUUUACUGAACGGCAGCACCUUCGCACAACUCAACUACUGCAAAAACAACUUCAAUAACGUCCUGUCCUCCUUCGUCCUGCUGUUGGAGCUCACCGUGGUCAACCAGUGGCAUGUGCUCAGCAACGGGUUUGCCACCGUCACUCAUAAAUCAGCCCUGAUCUUCUUCGUCCUGUUCCACGUCAUGGUUGUGAUCGUCAUCAUCAACAUCUUUGUGGCGUUCGUUCUCGAGGCGUUCUUUGUGGAGUAUUCUGUGGGGAAAGGCGAUCUGCAGACAUCUCUGGAGAGAAAGAUCGCGGAGCUUGAGCUUGCUAUAGCACAGGAGAAGCUGGAGGAUAAUUUGGUUAACGCCAUGGAAACCAUGGAUAACGACUUGGGGAAUGGGCAGUCACCCACAGCAAACCUGCCUACGCUUCUAUUUAAGGUGGCCUCAAAAAGGUACAGGACGGUGGACGCUUUGUUGCAGCGGAUGUUCGAGGCGGAUCUCGACCCGGAAGAUUUUGCCGAGAAUGACAUUCCUGAAGAGCCGACUGGAAACUUUGCAAACCCAACUUUUGGCGCAGCAUAGAUGAAACUGUCUAGUUAUCUAUUCAACCAUGUAUGAAAGGGAAACUGUAUCAUUAGACGUACGUUUGCAUGUUGAAAUGUGCGGCUUGAGCCGGUGCAAUGUGUCAUCUGUGCGAUCGUGUCAUUAUUUUAUUUUUAUACUUGCUUCCAGGAGAAAAUUGUAGACGCGAAACAAAUUUGUAUUUUCAGAUAAAAGAAUAUUUACACAGAUGUCUUAAGUGUUGACUAUUUAAAUAAAAAAAAAAAAAAUUUAAAAAAA